AUGUGUUCUAAAAAGCGCAGUGUUUUACGUGUGAUUUUACCAAUUUUAUGUGCCAUGUUUCAUGUGUGGUUUGUGGGGACGUUUAAACGAAGCCUUAACAUGCUCAAAUCAGCAAUAGUAUUUUCAAUGAAUGCAAGACUCAAAUUUAUAAUAUUUGCUGAAAACAAUCUACUUUUUGACAUAACAAGGUUGCUGAAUAAAUGGACUGUCAAUACAACUUUGAGCUACGAGUUGAAAAAACUAUCGUUUCCUGUAAAAAAUAAAAGAUGGAAAAAUUUGUUUAAGCCUUGUGCUGCACGACUGUUCCUACCAGAUUUGUUAACAGACAUUGAUUCUGUACUGUAUGUAGAUACUGAUACUAUUUUUAGGGCGCCUUUGUAUAUCACUUGGAAUCUUUUUAAAGAAUUUAAUGCAACACAACUAGCCGGUUUAUCACCUGAGCAUGAAGAUCCAAAUGUCGGUUGGUAUAAUAGAUUUGCAAAGCAUCCUUAUUAUGGAAAACUUGGAGUUAAUUCUGGAGUUAUGCUCAUGAAUUUAACACGCAUGAGACACUUUCAAUGGUCCAAAUACUUGCUACCCAUUUACCAAAAGUACAAAAACAAAAUAUCGUGGGGCGACCAAGAUAUAAUCAACAUAAUUUUCCAUUACCAAUCUGAUAAACUUUACGUAUUUCCUUGUCUUUUCAACUACAGACCGGAUCAUUGUAUGUACAUGAGCGUUUGCAACCCACAAGAACCUUAUGAAGGUGUUAUUGUGUUACACGGAGAUAGAGGCUACUUCCAUUCCUUAAAACAACCCAUAUUUCAUACAGUUUAUGAAGCAAUGGCUAAUUUUGACAUAACAAGUGAUCCGUACCAAAAUUUCUUAGCAAUCGUUGAAAAGUUUGUUGAAACUAAUUCAACUACAAAUUGUGGAAAAGUUAAAGAUCUAUUCUUGACUUAUGGACAUUCAUUGUGUAAGUAA